AUGCAGAAGAUAGUCAGCACCGCAAAGAUCGCCACAGCCCCAAUGGCAAUCCCGAUUAUAACCCCCGAAUCCAAGUUCGACGACGAUGGCGGAGAAGGAGGAGAAACCGAUUUUGGAGGCGGAGGACUCCGGGUCGAAGGCGUAGUGCCCGAACUAGUCGGCGGAGGAGGAGAGCGGGAUGAACUCGAAGGCGGCGGCGGAGAGGCCGAAGAGGCCGGAGGAGGAGUGGUCGACGGCGGUGUGGGUGUGGUUGAUGGUGGUGGAGGUGAUGAGGGAGUGGCUGGUGGUGGUGCGCUCGGGGUCGAUGGUGGUGGCGCAUUCGAAGUCUUUGGAGGCGGUGCGGUCGGAGAUGGCGGGGGUGGUGAGGUGGUGUUGGUCGCCGGAGGCGAGGACGGUGCCGGAGCUGCUGGUGGUGUGGUGGUGUUCGUCGCCGGCGGCGAAGAAGGCGCCGGAGUUGUCCCCGGAGGCGGGCUCGACAUUGCUGCUACAAAUCAGAUGUAUCAGAAGAAAUGGGUAGCUGAUAAACAGUCGUUUCUUGCUCCGCUGAAUGAAAGCUUUCUCCUCUUUCUCUUUCCAAAAGAAGAGAGAGGGCAGGAGAGAGAGAAUGUCUAG